AUGUCUUACAACAAGCCCGAGAAGGACUUCGGUGAGGGUCCCAAGAUCCACAAGAUCCGCAUCACCCUCACCUCCCGCAACGUCAAGAGCCUCGAGAAGGUCUGCCAGGAGCUCAUCGACCGUGCCAAGAACAAGGAGCUCCGCGUCAAGGGCCCUGUCCGCCUGCCCACCAAGCACUUGAAGAUCACCACCCGUAAGACUCCUUGCGGUGAGGGUUCCAAGACUUGGGACACAUACGAGAUGCGCAUCCACAAGCGCCUCAUCGACCUCCACGCCCCCACUGAGGUCGUCAAGCAGAUCAUCAUCAACAUCGAGGCCGGUGUCGAGGUUGAGGUUACCAUCGCCGCAUAA